AACACUACUGGAAAUAGUGGCUGCUAGAGGAUUGUGGAUAGAAAGUAACAGGCAAUACUAAGAAGAGCCAAGGAGAAUACAGAAGAAGCAACUGCAAGGAAGAUAAGGAAGGAGGUGACCACAGAGGAAUCCAAUAAAGAGCAAGGCAAGCAAAGCAGGAGGAUGUAAUACAUAGGACUAGAUCAGAACCUCAGUGAGCGAAGGGCUUUGGAUAUGGGGGCUGCAUUAUACUAAGGGAGGAAUCAAGCCCAAGGCACCAGGUGGAGCAUUGUCCUGACAUUCGGCUGUAUGGAUCAGCACUUCUAAUCCUGGGACCAGGACUGCCUACCAGUGUAUUGAGACGAUGUUUGAUAUCCUGGAUACACUGUCCGAGGCUCAGAACUGCUUGCCCUUACAUUAGAAGCUUCAGAACUUCAUCUGCAUUAGUAGGUUCGGAGCUGUGUACUUGCACUAGGCUCGGAAUUGUUGGUACUUUUUGCAUUGAGACGGAUCAGAGCUGUCUGCACUUGUACUGGGACGCUGUCCAUGGUGCUGAACCUUGGAUGAGGACGCGGUGAGAGGUGGAGAACUGUCGGUACUUGCCCUAGGACACUGUCGGAGGUGUCGGACUGCCUUCCCUUGUACCGGGGCACUGUCGGAGGUGUCGGACUGCCUUCCCUUGUACCAGGGCACUGUCGGAGGUGUUGGACUUCCUUCCCUUGUACCAGGGCACUGUCGGAGGUGUCGGACUGCCUUCCCUUGUACCGGGGCACUGUCGGAGUUGUCGGACUGCCUUCACUUGUAUCGGGGCACUGUCGGAGGUGUCGGACUGCCUUCACUUGUACCGGGGCACUGUCGGAGUUGUCGGACUGCCUUCUCUUGUACCGGGGCACUGUCGGAGGUGUCGGACUGUCUUCACUUGUACCGGGGCACUGUCGGAGUUGUCGGACUGCCUUCACUUGUACCGGGGCACUGUCGGAGGUGUCGGACUGUCUUCACUUGUACCGGGGCACUGUCGGAGUUGUCGGACUGCCUUCACUUGUACCGGGGCACUGUCGGAGGUGUCAGACUGCCUUCACUUGUACCGGGGCAUUGUGGGAGGUGUCGGACUUCCUUCACUUGUACUGGGGCACUGUCGGAGGUGUCGGACUGCCUUCACUUGUACCGGGGCACUGUCGGAGUUGUCGGACUGCCUUCGCUUGUACUGGGGUACUGUCUAAGGUUGGGAUCUUUAGGACCCAGAGCUACCUGCACUUGUAUUGUGCCGCUGUCCGAGGCGCUGAACCGCCGGCGCUAUCUUUAGGACACUGUCGGAGUCGCCGGACUGCCUGCACUAGUCCGGGGUCGCUGCCCGAAGUGCUGAGCCGCCUGCUCUCGCAUUGGGACGCUGUCCAUGGUGCUGGACGGCAGCCAGAUUACGCAGGCGCAGUGUCUCCAGAGCCUGCAGGUCCAGAGCCCUGUGAGCAGCCCUGCCACAGUCUCAGCACCAGCAGCCAGAGGAGCGUUACCAUGAACUGCUACACCCAUCCCAAAGCUACUCACCCGGACUCGGUCACCUCCAGCAUCACAAGCAGCACCGCGUCCCAGCCCAGGAGCUUCCCAAGCGCAGAAUGCCGGGGGGAAAACGAGGCUUGGUGGCACCUCAGAACACGUUUUUGGAGAACAUUGUCAGGCGAUCUAGUGGAAAACGCGGGAAAUUUUGGAGAAAGCAAGCAGAGGAAAUCAGUGGAGUAACCAGACACAUUGACUUCCAGGACCCAGAAUCAAGCUUCUUACUGGGAAACGCACAGAUUGUGGACUGGCCUGUAGUAUAUAGUAAUGACGGUUUCUGUAAACUUUCUGGAUAUCACCGAGCUGACAUCAUGCAGAAGAGUAGUACUUGCAGCUUCAUGUAUGGGGAAUUGACAGAUAAGAAGACCAUUGAAAAAAUCAGGCAGACUUUCGAAAACUAUGAGUCAAAUUGCUUUGAAGUCCUCCUGUACAAGAAAAGCAGAACCCCGGUUUGGUUUUAUAUGCAGAUUGCUCCAAUAAGAAAUGAACACGACAAGGUUGUUUUAUUCCUUUGUACUUUUAAAGAUAUCACGUUAUUCAAGCAACCGAUUGAAGAUGAAUCUACACGAGCUCACCUUGGAUCAACUCAGCUAAAAAACACACAAAGUAAGCCAAGAUGGACAAAAUUUGCCCGCUUAACUCGUGCAUUGACGAACAACCGCACCAUUUUGCAGCAGUUGACUCCUAUGAACAAAGCAGAAGUGGUCCACAAACAUUCCAGAUUAGCAGAAGUUCUUCAGCUGGGAUCAGACAUCCUUCCUCAAUACAAACAAGAAGCACCAAAAACCCCACCACACAUUAUAUUGCACUAUUGUGCAUUCAAGACUACCUGGGAUUGGGUGAUCCUCAUACUUACUUUUUACACUGCUAUCAUGGUUCCUUACAACGUCUCCUUCAAGACAAAACAGAAUAACAUUGCCUGGCUGGUGCUGGACAGUGUGGUGGACGUUAUUUUCCUCGUUGAUAUAGUUUUGAACUUUCAUACGACUUUUGUUGGACCUGGAGGAGAAGUUAUUUCAGAUCCCAAACUUAUAAGAAUGAACUACUUGAAAACAUGGUUUGUCAUUGACUUAUUGUCUUGCUUACCAUAUGAUAUUAUCAAUGCCUUUGAAAAUGUGGAUGAGGGCAUCAGCAGCCUCUUCAGUUCUCUGAAGGUAGUUCGACUUCUGAGAUUGGGCCGUGUGGCCAGGAAAUUGGACCAUUAUCUAGAAUAUGGUGCUGCAGUCCUGGUUCUUUUGGUCUGCGUAUUUGGACUUGUUGCCCACUGGCUAGCCUGUAUUUGGUAUAGCAUCGGAGAUUAUGAAGUUAUCGAUGAAGUAAACAACACAACCAAGAAUGACAGCUGGCUUUACCAACUUGGAAUAAGUAUUGGCAGUCCUUAUCGAUAUAAUGCCUCUGGCACAGGGCAAUGGGAGGGUGGACCCAGUAAGUACUCAUUGUACAUAUCAUCUCUCUACUUUACCAUGACAAGCCUUACAACUAUUGGAUUUGGAAAUAUUGCUCCUACCACUGAUGGAGAGAAGAUAUUUUCUGUUGCAAUGAUGAUGGUUGGCUCUCUCCUUUAUGCAACUAUUUUUGGAAAUGUGACCACCAUUUUCCAGCAAAUGUAUGCCAACACCAACCGUUAUCAUGAGGUGCUGAAUAAUGUCCGUGACUUCCUCAAACUCUACCAAGUUCCUAAAGGCCUUAGCGAAAGGGUCAUGGAUUACAUUGUAUCAACGUGGUCCAUGUCGAAAGGCAUUGAUACAGAAAAGGUACGAGUCCAUGAGGUUCUUGCAAUAUGUCCCAAGGACAUGAGAGCGGACAUUUGUGUGCAUUUGAAUAGGAAAGUUUUCAAUGAGCAUCCAGCUUUCCGUCUUGCCAGUGACGGCUGCCUGCGUGCUUUGGCGGUGGAAUUUCAAACAAUUCAUUGCGCUCCAGGAGACCUCAUCUACCAUGCCGGGGAAAGUGUGGAUGCUCUCUGUUUUGUGGUGUCGGGAUCACUGGAAGUCAUCCAAGAUGAAGAAGUGGUGGCCAUACUAGGAAAGGGGGAUGUCUUUGGAGAUGUGUUCUGGAAAGAGACCACUCUUGCUCAUGCCUGCGCCAAUGUACGAGCACUAACCUACUGCGAUUUACAUAUCAUCAAGAGGGAAGCAUUGCUAAAAGUCUUGGAUUUUUAUACGGCCUUCGCUAAUUCAUUCUCCAGGAACCUUACAUUGACCUGUAACCUAAGGAAAAGGAUCAUAUUCCGCAAGAUUAGUGAUGUAAAGAAGGAAGAAGAAGAACGACUGCGGCAGAAGAAUGAGGUGACCCUUACCAUCCCAGUAGACCACCCCGUACGGAAACUCUUUCAGAAAUUCAAGCAGCAGAAAGAGUUACGAAACCAGGGCUCGGCACACAGUGACCUGGAAAGGAACCAAAUCCAAGUGGAGAAUCGUUCCAUGCACAAUGGAGCUGUUAUUACUGGCACCAGUGUGGUAACGGUGUCCCAAAUAACACCCAUUCAGACUUCUCUUUCUUAUGUCAGAACCAGCGAGUCAUUGAAACAAAACAACAGGGAUGUCAUAGAACUAAAGCCAAAUGGCAACAGUGACCCGAAAUGUCUUAAAGUGACCAGUCCCAUGCGCCUGAAGAAUGCAAAUGCAAAGGGUUGGCUGAGAUUAAAGAACAAUAUGCAGGGUCAGGAGGAGAAAAAAGAAGAUUGGAAUAACGUAACAAAAGCGGAGUCCAUGGGCUUGCUUUCUGAUGACCCCAAAUGUGCUGACGAAAAUGGGGUGUCUAAAAAUCCUUUGAGGAAAACAGACUCUUGUGACAGUGGUAUCACAAAAAGUGACCUUCGUUUAGAUAAAGCAGGAGAAACUCGUAGUCCACUUGAACACAGCCCGAUCCAAGCUGAUGCAAAGCACCCCUUUUACCCGAUCCCUGAACAAGCCUUACAGACCACGCUGCAAGAGGUUAAACAUGAGCUCAAGGACGACAUUCAGUCUCUUAGCUGUCGCAUGACCGCCCUUGAACAGCAAGUGGCAGAAAUCCUAAAACUAUUGUCUGAAAAGAAAGAACCCCCAACACCCCCGAAAACACCUUCCAGCCCCCUACAAAUACCAUGUCAGGAUAUUUUUAGCGUUUCAAGGCCGGUGACCCCGGAUUCUGACAAAGAUGAGAUUCAAGUAUAACAUAUACUGUACAUGUGUGUGAAUGGGGUGUAUGGGUGCAUAUAUGCAGAUGUAAAGUAGGAAUAUAUAUGGAUAUAUGCAGUCAUAUUUAUAUAAUCUUAAUGUCUUCGAUGCACUGUUCCCUCCAAGUGGAGUGAUCUGGAAAUUACAGCGUUCUUUAAGAACUGGAUGGGUUGCGCUGAACAGUGCAGUACCUCCAGGGUGGAGCUUCUAAAUCUCUGAUUUAACUCUUUCAUUUCCAGAGUAUAUUGCUUUGGAGUAACAUUACUUGUGUGUAACUUGAAUAUCCUAUAAUUUUAUGAUUCUUUUUUUUUUUUUUUUGAUGUGUAAAUAUUGCAUGUCCAGCUGGAUUCUGGCCUGCCAAAGAAAACAAUCCUUAACAUAGAUAUUGCUUGUAAAAUAUGCAGUUGACUGCAUGCGUUCUUUUAGGUCAUUUAUAAUUGAUCUUCAUUAUAACAUUUAUUUGUAUUAUAAAGGCAAUGCUAUAUAUAGAAAUAUCAGGGUCCAACCUGCCAAUAUUGCUAGAAGCUGAAGACCUCAGGCUUGUAAUAUGAGGCAGCUCUCUUCAAAGCUUUCCAAUAAGUAAAAUAACAGUCCACAUUGUAACAACAGACAACAUGUAUACCCCAAGUGGUAUAUAUGGGUUAAUUCAGGUUUAAUAGGAGUAAUAAAAGGUAUAGAAUGUAUUUUUGGCACUUUUCCAUGAGAAUAUAUCAAUGAUUCCUAUUUAUGUCAUAGAGACAUUACAAGAAUAAAUCUAUGCAUUGACAGAAAAAAUGCUCUCUUCACCACCUAUAGGCUAAAUGAGGUAUUACAUAAUCUAAAAAUUGUUAAAUAAGUAUCUUUUUAACUAUUAACUCAUCAAAUUAUCCUUUAUUUCUAUACAAUAAACACAAUAUUUAAGCUUAAAUGCUUUUUUCAUAUAUUAUGUUGGUAAAACGGCUACUAUUGCUUUCCAUAGAGUUGGUCAAUAUCUAAAUUAUAUUUAUACAUAGCAAUUUAGUAAAGCGUAGGAGCAUUAUCAUAUCAAAGUAAUAAUAAUUAUAAACUAUGCAUUUUUGCUAAUGGGAUAAAAGGUAGUGAUCAUUUCAGUUGCUAUUUUUAUGCUAAAAAAUGAGAGAAACUUUUCUAUUUUAUUAGACCUUCCUUAGUAUUCUUAGCUGUGAUUAGAUGUGUGAAAAUGCAGAUGGAAUUGGAGAACAUAUUGCAGAGCUUGGACAACUUUACCUUGGUUGGUCAUGAAAAAUGUUGCAUAUCCUGACCCCUGGGGAACACCAAGAUUUUUAUAAUUGUUAUAAUAAACUCCAAAUGUCAUUUGUAUGGUAAAUUGUAAAGAAAGGCCCUCCUUCUCCAGCCACGAUGCCUGCGGUCAGCACUUAAGAACCAAAUUGUAACCUUAAAUAUUACGUUGUGCUCUGCUAUGAAUGUAAAUAGGAAGGGGCAACCUUAGCCUGUGAUUACAAAGGCCAAGAAGAACCAUCUUCAAUCAUGUUUCCACUCUCCUGUAUACAAGUAUUUCCAGAAUAUUCUGUUCUCCCACCACUCUCUUCUCCUAAUCACAUUUGCUUCUAAUCUUGUGAUAUGUGUCUUAGGGAUUAGAAGUAGAGGAAGGAACUAAUGCACUUGAUGAAAAUAUCCACAUAACACCCAACAUGCACUCUCAAAAUGCUCCUCUUAAAGGUUAUGUCCAUUUCAAUGGGGGUGCACAGCUUGGAAGAAAUCAGAUACAAUAUCAUGUCCUGUCUUCCUAAUUGUUAGUAGUUUGGGAAAUAAUACAUUGAACUGGACAUAAAUCUUGAUGUGAUUGGUUUAUUAGGUCUAGUACAAUUGUUAGACAGCCAACUAUAGUAUUUGACUAUAGUAUGGCCACGUUGUUGAUUAUGGACAUAACACCUGGGCCAUGGCCUGUGAUGAGCUUACUUCAUAGGCCUACUGAAGGCUUUGGAAUUAGCUUAGGCUGACACACAUUAAUGUAAGGUUGGGUUCACAUAUGGACAGUGAUCCAGUAUAGUUUCCCUCUGCAUCUUUUGUUUCUCUUGGGUUGAGUUGCAAAAUGUUGCAUAAAGCAGUUUUCAAUCUGUAAACUUGACAAGUGCCUAUAGGCUUGGUGUCUUGUCCCAUUUUAACCUAUGGAGCACCUAAGAGGGCUUCGGGUGAAAUAUAUUCAGUUUGUUGCAUCCGCUGUUCCCAAUCGAGGUGACUCUGGACCAAGGACUGAACAGUAAGGUCCAUCCCAGUUUUGACAAACAGAAAAAUGCAGGCAGUAUACAGCAGCUCCGAUAAAUUAUAACUAUACUUAGACAGCCUAAAAAUCUCUUAUCAGUUCAGAGUCAGGGGAAACUCAAUAUACUAUUCUAUAAGUCUUUUGUUCCAGGCUAUAAGAAAGCGAUGCCAUGUAUUAUUAUAUUAUGCAGAUAUUCUAUUUUACAGGGACAGAGUGUAUUUUUUAUUAUUAUAGUAUUACUUAUUAAUAAUUAUAUGACAGAUCAAAUUCUUCCAAGUAAGAAGAAAAGUAUUGUACGUAAGUUAGAAAGGGGAUGUGCAUUUUCUUGCACACGCUGUCUUCUAUCCUAGGCUGC